UAGGAGGAGCAAGAAGUUAUCAGUUUAUGGCAGGUUCCACUUUUGUUUGAACCAAAACCUGAAUAAUAAGAUGAUUUCUCGUUCGAUCGUUACCAAACUUCCCAAAAUCAAUCUGAAGUGGUAUCGUUCAACUGCUUCACUCAAUUCUUCCAUAAAACUCGAUCCCCUCGAAUUACACAAUCAUAAAGACUGGUUAAGCCCAACUGAAGUCAUCAAGAUUUUCGAAACCCUAAAAGAUCCCAAUUCGACCCUCACUGUUCUUAAUCAACUCUCAAAGCGGAAAGAUUAUAAUCCCAAUGAAGCUCUAUACACAUCCGUGGUAAAUAAUCUUUCAGAAGCCAAGAACUUCGAUGGAAUUGAAGAAGUAAUGAAGAGAAUCAAGGUCGAAAAAAGGUGUAGACUUUCCGAUGGGUUUUUCUACAAUGUCAUCAGGAUUUACGGGCUUCGUGCUGGUAGAAUAAAUAGAGCAAUUGAGACGCUUUUCGAUAUGCCAAACUACAGUUCAUGGCCAACGCCCAAAACGUUUAAUUUUGUAUUGAAUUUGCUUGUGAACACCAAGCAGUUUGACGUAAUCCAUGAGGUUUACAUGGGUGCUGGGAAAUUAGGAGUUGAAAUCGAUGCUUGUUGUUUGAACAUCAUGAUGAAAGGCUUGUGUAAAAACGGGGACAUAAAUGCUGCACUCCAAGUGUUCGAUGAAUUUCCUAAACAAAAUUGUAAGCCUAAUGUGAGAACCUUUUCAACUUUGAUGCAUGGAUUGUGUAAACUUGGUCGUGUUGAGGAAGCUUUUUCAUUGUUACACAAGAUGGAAACAGAAGGUGUGGAGCCUGAUACAAUCUCCAUAAACAUACUGAUUUCAGGUUUAAGGAAGAACAAUCGAAUCAAAGAAAGCAUUGAUGUUUUUGAGAAGAUGUUGCUAAAAGGAUGUGAACCCAUUCCAAGCACAUAUCAAGAGGUUUUGUAUGCAUUAAUCGAUAGCAAAGAGUACAUCAAGGCUAUGAAUUUAGCAAAAAAGAUGUCAUCCAUGAAAAUGGUUCCAAGUUUUGAUUCAUAUAAAUUGAUCAUCCAUGGCCUUUGUGAAAAAAAGAUUGUUGAAGAUAUUGAUUUGGUUUUAAAACAUAUGAUAGAAAAUGGGUAUUUACCAAAAUUGUCAAUGUGGAAGCAAAUCCUUCAGUGUAUACUUCGAAACUAGAAGCAAUUAAUAAAGUAUUUUUUGAUAUAUAGUACAAAAGAUGCUUAGGUAUCUCAUUGUUUAUACCAAUUUUGAUGGAAAAAAUGUUCCAAACUAACAUGAUUUUGAUUUUUUAACACUGAAUUUGUAUUUUCUCAUAUGAUG